AUGUCCAUGUUCAGCACCAAGGGCGGCCUGUACGAGCGCGCCCGCAAAAAGUUCAAAAUAACAGACGGCAUCAAGCUCUUCAGCUACCCCUUUUACAAGCAGCGGCGCGUCGAUGUGCAGGCCUUUUUUGCACAAAUCUACUCUGAAGCCCAAUCCAGCCGAGCCGCGCAGGGCCACCAUGCACUGGCCGAGCUUUGGCGCAUGGGGGUGUUGGCGCGCCACUACACCCUCAACAUUGACGGCCUGGCAGAGGUGGUGGGGAUGGACACAUGGCACCACGAGCACAACCCCAACGGUGUCACUGUGGAGAUGCACGGCAACAUCAGGGACAUGGUGUGCCCGGAGUGCCACGCGGUGGAGGUGCUGUCGCGGCCAAUCAUAACAGCCAUGAAGCAGCGGCAGCCGGUGCCCUGCACCAAGUGCGGCCAGGGCGAGAUGCGGUUCAAGGUGAUGCUAUAUGACGAUGAGGAGGGCGACUGCAUCACCCCAGAGGACGUGUGGGAGAGCCUGGAGGCUGACCUGGCGCAGGCGGACAUGGUGAUCUGGGUGGGCAUCAGCUUCGAGCAGAGCGCGUCGACAGAGUACUUCCGGAAGGUGCGCUACUUCUUGUCGAGCAUGGGCCGCCUGGACGCCUGCCGCCAGGUCCUGGUCAACCCCAGCGACGAGGCGCUGUUCAACCUGCUGAGCAGCUGCGCCAACAGGCGGGACGUCAACGUGCUCGAGGUGCUCGCGGGCGCCGACGAUGUGCUGACGUCGCUGGCGGAGCGGCUCGGCAAGCUGCACGCGGGCAAGCCGCCUGCCGCCGCCGCGGCGGCGGUGCAGGGGCCCGCGGCGGCGCUGGGCGGUGGCACGGGGUCCAAGGGCGGCGGCGACGGAGGGGAGUGUGCGGGAUUUUCUGGAGGCCAGCACUCCGACGGCAGGCAGGCGCUGACGGACGGCCAGCAGGCACAGGACGGGCAGCAGCAGCGGGGACAGCGCGAAGGCGUCAAGCAGGAGGCAGAGCAGGAGAUCGCAGCCGCGCGCCAGCAGCAGCAAGAACAGGAACGCCCCGCAAGCCGCGGCGCCAGCGGCGGCGGCGCCGGCAGCCCCGGGGACCCGCAGCAGCACGCGGCCCGGGCGUGCUCCCUGGAGCGCGCUGCCUCGUCCCAGGGCGCCAGCCGCCAGCAGCUGCGGCUGCAGCAGAUGGAGGAGUGGCACAGCUCACGGGGCGCGGCGGCCGGGGGUGUCGAAAGCAACGGGGCUGCAGGCCAGUCAGAGGAGGAGGCGGAGGAGGAGGGGCGGCAGGGGGAGGAUGGAGGGGGCCUCAGGGCCGACCGCCGCAGGGCUGCGCAUCAGCAGCGGCGCCACCUGCAGCGUGAGGCGCAGGAGCAGGAGCUGGCGCGGCUGCAGCAGGCGCACGCGCUCGCGGCAGUCCUGAUGGCGGGCGGCGGGGGCGGGGCGCUUGGUGGACUGGUGUCUGGGCUGGGCCUUGAACUAGGGGCGGCAGCGCCGCCGGCAGGCCUGCUGCCGGGGCUGGCGUUGCAGGCGCAGCUGCACGCACAAUUGCAGGUGCACCAGGCGGUGGCAGCCGUUAGCCAGCCUCUCAUGCCGCCGCUGGGGGGCAUGGCGCUGCACGCACCACUGCCCCCACUCGCGCUCGCCACCGCCCUGGCAACGGCCAGCGGCGUGAACGCCGCAGUGGCGGGCCUAUGGCCACCCGGGGCGCCGCAGCAGCUGCUGCCGCUGGCGCAGCCGCUGUCUAUUGCGGAGCUGCAGCUGCCGGUGUCGCUGGCGUGCUCUGCGCCGCCUGCCUCGGCCCUGUUGCAGCACCAGCUGCAGGACGCCGCCUGCGCAGCCACCCCUGCUGGCAGCCAGCAGCAGCAGCAGCAGCAGCAGCAGCAGCAGCAGGUCGCAGCUUUGUUGGGCCUUGUUCAGCAGCAGCAGCAGCAGCAGCAGGCCCAGCAGCUGCAGCUGCAGGCCCAGCAGCUGCAGCUCGCAAGCCUGGAUAGUGCAGCGCUCUUGUCCACAGGGGGCCUCGGCGCGGGCGCCGCGCCGCAGCUGGCACUGGCUGCGCUGCUGCAGCCGGCACCGAUCGCGCCCAGCUGA